AUGCCACGUAAGCUACGUAAGAAUAUACGUAAGAGGAAGGGAGCAUUGAAACAUCCAAUAGUAAAACUGACACCACAACAACAGUUGCAACAACAAAUGAUGAAUGACCCCACUAUGUUGCAACAAAUGUCAAGCAACCCUAUGCUUUUAAACCGAGUUAUUGGUGCACAGAGUGGAGGUUUAAGAGCGGCACUUUUAGCGAAAAUGGCAGGCUAUGGUGGAGCUGCAGACGGAACAGCUUAUAACCCUCAAAGUCAAAUGAAUUUGAGUUCACUCAAAAAUCAAAUAACAGAUGUCAAAAAGUCAAACAUAGACAUACAGAAACAAAUAAGUGAAAACGAAAAGAAACUAGAAUAUGACAGACAGACAAAGAAACUAAAUGAGUUAAACGUAGAGAAAAAGAAGAAAGAAGAACAACUGAAAG